AACGAACUGAACUGAACUGCUUACAAGGUUGUGUUACGGGUAAGCAGGUCGGUGAAACAUGUCUGCAAUGAAUAUUUUGAAGAUCUCGUCUGCUUUUUCUACUUUAUUCAAACCUCGCUCUGUUUUUGGAGUCCGUCAACUCUCAAGAGCCACAUAUGCUCAAACUCUGUUGAAUUUACCUGAAACUAAAGUGACAGUGCUUGAUAAUGGUUUUAAAGUAGCUUCUGAAUAUCAUGAUUCACCAUCUGCUACUAUUGGUCUGUGGGUAGAUGCAGGAAGUCGGUAUGAAACACCUGAAAACAACGGAGUAGCUAAUUUCUUUGAGCAUAUGGUAUUUAAGGGAUCAUCUAACAGAUCUCAAAAAGACUUAGAAGUUGAAGUUGCUAAUAUUGGUGCACAAAUCCGUUCGUAUACUGACAGGGAAGAAACAGCUUUCUAUGCAAAAUGUCUUUCAAAGGAUAUGAGUAAAGUUGUAGACAUUUUAGCUGAUAUUAUAACCAAUACCAAACUUGAUGAACAUCAAAUUGAAGAGGAACGAAGUGCUAUUUUAAAAAGAUUACAAGAAGCUGAGAGUGAUUACAGAUUAGUGACAUUUGAUUACUUACAUUUGUCAGCUUACCAAGGAACUCCUCUUGGUAAAACUAUUUUGGGACCAACUGAAAAUAUCAAGAAACUCAGUAAAGAAGACAUAAAAUUUUAUGUCAGGAAUAAUUUUGUUGCACCUCGUAUGGCAUUAGUUGGAUCAGGAGACAUCAAUCAUGAUGAACUUGUGAAACUAGCUCAGAAAUAUUUUAGUUCAGUUCCUCAUACAUAUACAACAGAAAUACCUGUUGUAAAACCUUGUAGAUACACUGGCAGUGAAAUUCGAGAUCGAGACGAUUGGUUACCUUUUGCCCAUGUAGCUGUUGCUAUUGAUACAUGUGGUCACAAUUCCAAUGAUAUAUAUGGAUUAAUGUUAGCUAAAACGAUUGUAGGAAAUUGGGACAAAACCUUUCAAACUGGUGAACAUACUCUCAACAAAUUGAUCCACAAUAUUUACAAGGAAAAACGUUGCCACAGUUUUGAAUCGUUCCAUACUUUGUAUCGAGAUACUGGAUUGUGGGGUUGCUAUUUUGUUAUGGAUGGAUUGGUCCUGGAUGAUUUUAUGUUCAACUUGCAAAAUGAAUGGAUGAGAUUAUGUGUAGCUAUCACUGAAACUGAUCUCCAGGUAGCCAAGAAUCAAUUGAGAUCUAAUCUUUUGGAAAGCAUGGAUGGCACAACUCCAAACUGUGCUGAUAUUGGAAGGCAAGUUCUCCAUUAUGGGAAAAGAACUCCAUUAUCUGAAGUUGAUGAGCAUAUUCAGUCUGUAGAUUUGAAGCAAUUGAAAGCUAUUUGCUCUAAGUACAUUUAUGAUAGAUGCCCAGUAAUAGCUGCAGUGGGUCCAAUUGAAGGCAUGACAGAUUAUAAUCGUGUCCGUGCCAAUAUGUACUGGCUCAGAGUCUAAAAAUAUCUAAAUCUUGGAGCAUAAACUAUCAUAAAAUUUUCUUUAAUCAUGAAGUUGUAGUUUUAUGAAAAAAGAACUGUUUUCCCACAAAAAUUCAUUGCUUGAUAUUUAUUUUUUUAUGAAGUAAUUUUUCUUUUUCCAUUAGACUACAUACAUUUAUUUAAAAUAUUGAUUUCUGUACAAACAUUUUAAGCUAAGAAGAAUUUAAAAAAUUUUGUGGGAAAAUAUUGGUUUACAUCACCUGAUAGGAGUAAUUUAGUUUUCAACUGUAAAAUAUAUGAAUAAAAUAGUAUUUGUAA